AUGACCCGUCCAGAAGGCGUGAAGAAGUCAAGCAACAAUACCCAACGAGGAAGGUGGGAGGAGGAGGAAGAAGGUGGAGCGGGAGGUUGUUUUGUUUAUGGAGGUUGGAGGCCCGAGGGGGAUGUUUGGGGGUGUUUUGGGUGUUUGGGGCAGACGGCGGGUUUGGGGGGGACCGGCCGAGCCACCGGCUGGAGGACAACCGAGGCGCGUCUCCCGGCCAAUCUGCUAAUCUGCCAAUCUGACAACGUACCGGACACAGCUGAUGCAGACGAUGCCGAUGAGAUGAGAGAGAUAACAGAGACACCCAAGACCAGCCUCGAAGGAGCAAAGGACCAAGUGACAGCACCACAGGAUGGACGAGGUCGAAACAAGGGCACACAGCCCAUCAAGAGGGCCAAAAACGCCUAUAUAUGGGGGAUCUGGGCAGGGCCCGGUCGCUCUGGUCGGCAGAUGCACGAUGGGGCUGUCCCCGGCGAGAUCCAUGGCUCCAUUGGCGGAGGCCAUCGGAACCCCCCGACACGAUGGCCACCUCCUGCCCGAUCAUGA